GGUGAUCCAAAGCUUUCAUGUGUCGCUGGACUUUUCCAACGUCUUCCAUUUCAGUCUGCAUUCGCAGCCCGUUUAGGUAGUAUCCGUGCGAGGCAGCUUUUAUACCGCUUCCAUCUCAGAUUGCCCAGACACGAAUCUAUUCGCCGGGCCGUCAGAAACGGGCAUUGGCCGUUUGAAGCCUCGGCCGUCAGGUAGAAUUAAUAUUGCGGGCUGCAGACAAGUUUCAAAGCUUGGUCUUGCGAUAACGUGAGGGACCGGAGGAGUAAGGGGCUUCAGGCAAUCUUUCCACGUGGUCACCGGUGACCUUCUGCCAAGGGUGGGAAAGGAGCAGUCACAAUGAGCAUGCAGAUCGGCCACAGCCCCACAAGGCUAGCGGCAGGGCACAACAAGCCAGCGCAGCUGCCCAACAUUACGCACGUGGACAGCCAUGCGGUGACUAAGCGGCUGCAGUCAGAGCUCAUGUCACUCAUGGCGUCAGCGGACCCGGGCGUGUCAGCCUUCCCGGAUGGUGACUCGCUGUUUGCAUGGCUGGGCACCAUUCACGGCGCAAAGGGCACGGUCUACGAGGGCCUCAGCUACAAACUCUCGCUCAAGUUUCCCACAGAUUACCCGUUCAAGGCGCCGUUGGUGAAGUUUGAGACGGCCUGCUUCCACCCCAACGUGGACCAGUACGGCAACAUCUGCCUAGAUAUCCUCAAGGACAAGUGGAGCGCGGCCUACAGCGUGCGCACCGUGCUGCUCUCAAUCCAGUCCCUGUUGGGCGAACCCAACAAUGACUCACCCCUCAACGCUUAUGCUGCCAAGCUGUGGGAGAACCAAGUGGAGUACAGGAGAGUACUGCACAAGAAGUACGCGGAGCUGCAGAAAUAGGAGUCCAAGGGGAGAGCACAGCAGCAUGCAAGGACUUCACCGUCAUGGGACUCAGAAAUGCAUGCACCCAAACUUUGCUCAGCCACCAGCCGCAAGUUUGGAGCCUUACCAAGUUGCUCAGCAGUGCUUUGAGGAACCGGCGGGUCACAGGACAAACAUGCGGGGCUGUUUGCAUGGCUGCACAAAGCUUGUGCUCAGAUGACCACAGGACGCUGGAGUGUGAUUGGAUGGUAUGGAUGUCUGGGAAUUUUAUGACAGUCAAGGAAACAUGCAGAAUCUGCAAAUUGCCUUUGGAAAACUGAGUUGAAACGCAAUGUGCCCAUACGCGCAUGAACACUAUGAAUACUAUGCGAUGACAGAUGCUACUUCAACAAGACUUGGACUAUGUGGUGGUGAGGACUGCAGCCAUGCUGCGCAGAGCCAUAGAAUGUCUGCUUGAGCUCAUGUGCUUUCAAUGGUCCUUGCGGCGGCCAUCUGCAGGAGUGCAGCUGUUUGCUAGAAAGUAGCCCACAGAAUCGCCUGCUUUAGAUAGGUCUGCUUUGUGCCUCAAUGCGGCUGUCGUCGUGCAAGCAGUUCCAAUAUUGUGGCAUGAAGGCAUGCAAUCGUUUCAUCCCUUUCAUCUUACCGGAAGAGCUCGAGAUAUCUAUGUUAAGGAUCCGACCAAGGAUAAUGAAGGUGUAAUGCUGCUGUGCUC